AUGCAGGACAACUAUCAGCCACAACCACAGGCGCAGCUACAGACACACGUGCAGAAGCAGGAACAAAAAGAGGUGGACAGUCUUAAAGACGAACUCUCAAGGCUCAACAUAAAACAGUUGCGGUUGUUCGGCAAGGACCUUAAUGGUUUGGGUUUGAAUGAACUACGACUGCUUGAACAUCAACUAAAUGAAGGACUAUUAGCCAUAAAGGAUAUGAAGGAGGAGAAGGCUGUGUUGGAGAGUGAAACCUUACGCAGACAGGCAAGACAAGCCUUUAUUUUUGUUUCUAUUGAUUUACAGUCUAUAACUCCCCCCUUUAGCUUCCCGGUGGUUACUGACUGA